GACAUUGACAAUAAAAUCAUUAACCAAAAAGGUUUGUUUUCAUGUUUUGUUUGUUUGUUGCAUUCAAUUAUGACUUUUGUAAAAAGUGGAAACUUUGUUUUGUGUCCAUAUUAAUUAUUAACCAAAUAACUUUACAUACCUUACUUACUCAGUUACAUAUUAUCCAUAAAACUAUUGUUUUAAAAUCAACGCCUACAGAACUUCAUCAUGUCCACCCGCGAAAUACUUACUCUACAGUUUGGACAUUAUUCCAACUACGUAGGAGCUCAUUUCUGGAAUAUCCAGGAACUGGGUUUUGACUACACUGGUACGGUAAAAGCAGAGUGUAAUCAUGAUAUUCUAUAUCGGGAAGGACAGACAGCGAACGGAGAGGUAACCUAUACUCCUCGCUUGCUUUUGGCGGAUUUAAAAGGAUCUUUGAAAACAUUGCCGACUUCUGGAGGCUUAGAAGAACCUCGUGUAGAAGAGGAUCUUCCAUGGCAUACUGUCGAAAGGGUAGAAGAGCCAACAGCCAGCAAAAAUGAAUUCUUGCAUGAUAUAGAUGGUGAAAAUUCUUCAAACAUAAAUAAUAAAGAAUAUAAUUUUGAACAAGAUGUACAAACUUGGACUGAUUAUUUGUAUCCUCGAUUUCAUCCUCGUUCAGUUAAUGUAAUUAAGGAAUAUCAACAUGGAAAUGAAAAUGAAAGCUUUGACUACAACUGUUCUGGCAGAGAAAUUUGGAAAUCAAAUUUUGGAGACACAUUUUCUGACAAAAUCAGAAAAUAUGUAGAGGAAUGUGAUAGUAUGCAGGGUUUUCAUGUAAACUUUGACUGCACAGAUGGUUUCUCUGGCCUUGCACUAGGCUGUAUUGAACACCUGGCUGAUGAAUACAACAAAGUCAUUUUAGCUUUCCCUAUUAUUGCAUCUUACUUCUCAGAUAACAAUCCAUCUACUGAAGAUGAGAGAGAAAAAGCAAACAUAAAAGAUUCAGUAAGAUUAGUUAAUGUUGCAUUAUCCAUUGAAGAGUUGUCACAACAUUCCGCUUUAUUUGUACCUUUAUGUACUGGUGAGAAGGGAUGGAGAAAGCCUGGCGCUCCUAGAGCGUUUGACUACAUCAACUACAAGCCAGAACAAUAUUACCAUUCUUCAGCAUUACUUGCAUCUGCUAUUGAUACAUUGAGUCAUAAAUAUAGGCAUAAAGCUAAUGUUCAUACAAUGUCCGAUAUAUGUGCCGACAUGACCGGUUAUGGAAGAAAAAUGGCUGCAGCAUCAUUUGGAAUGCCUGUAGCUUUAAAAGAAUCUGAAUAUCUGAUUGACUAUUUAAAUACCAUCUCAAAACCUCUUUACAAAUCCAUCACACCUAGCUGUAAAAUUGCUACAGAUAAAAUUUUCCAGCUUAUCACUGUUAGAGGAAUCCCAGAAUCUUAUUUAAAAGCACCCAUGAAGGAAGCUAAAGAUCAAAUGAAACUUGCUGCAUACAGAUGUAGCAAUGUAAAAGAAAUGUUUGAAUUAUAUUUUCAAGCAAAUAAUUUCUUGUCUGCAACAAAUGUUACAGUAUCUGAGAAACCACUGGAUCUGAAAACACCAUUUCCUAAUAUUUUCUCAGAUUGUUUGAAUAAAUAUGGAUUUGUUAAAGAUGACACUGUUGUACAGAAAGUAGAAAGCUGUCCAGUAAUUGCUGGAUUCCACAAUGGUAAUUUCAUGUCAGAUGUCAUUGAAAAACUCCACAGAGAUGUGAGCAGGAUUAAAUUUGCAAAACUACAUAAGUUCCGAGAACAGGGACUCGAAGAAGCUGAUUACAGAGAAUGUCUAGAUAGGUUAUCAGAAUUUAAGGAUAACUAUGAAGAUGAUUUUGAGCUUUAAUUUUUAAAUAGGGGUAUAGUUAAAAUAAAUGACAAAGUAUAGAAGUUAAACUUUAUUAAGAUGAUUUAGAUAAAAUAAAUCAUAUUAUUUCA